CAUCUCUCCUUCCGUGAAGGCAAACCAUGAAGAAUCUCGAUUUCGACGCAAACAAAGUUCUUGCAAAGGAGUUCCUCUCAAACUUCACAGACCAAGAAGUUGCGAAUUGUAAAAUUCGAGCGAUACAAAUUGAUCUUGAGGACCUAGAUAAUUACAAGGACAAGGAUGAAGAGUUUUUCAGGUGGAUUACUGAAAAUACUCGUAGAUAUAUAGGAAUUUUCGCUUCAGUGGUUGAUGAGCUGUUGCCAGCGCCCACUGAGGACAUUCCGGAUGAUAUUCCCAUACUGAUGACGCAGAGGGCAGACAAUGGAAAUGGAAUUGAAAAUGCGGAUGCUACUAAUCCACUUAAGAAGAUGCCUCCAGAGAUUAAGCGUUACUAUAAGCUCAAGGAAAACCCUUUUUCCCUAUAUUCCGUCCCUCGACCGCACGAUAACCAGCUCCGCUAUGUCGGCGGCGACACCCGUAUCGUCGCACUCAGCCGAUCCAUCACCUUCAUGGGUUUCCUGUCGAAACUGUCCAAACUCUCAGGAAUUAGCAACGUGAAUGUUAAGUAUCAAUUACCAAAUGAAGAUCUUGAUGCGUUGAUCUCUAUAACUACCGAUGAGGAGCUGGAAAACAUGAUGGAUGAAUACGAUCGGUUGGCGCAGAAUCAGAAUCGAAGUCGGCCCGGCUCCGGUUGUUUCUGUUCUCUAAAGGGGACGAUUCACGAACCAGUAGCAUCAGGUCACGAACCCAAGCUUUUGGGUUCGUCUGGAGGUAAAAGAAAAAAAGAAAAAAGCUGGAGGAAGGAGAAGCCGGGGAAGAAGACGAGGGUAUAUAAGUAAUUAAAAGUAAAAAAUUUAACAUGUC